AUGUCAUCACCUAUAAAUACUAAUAUGGGUAUAGGUGGACAACCACAACCACAACCUCAGCAACAACAACAUCAUCCACAUCCACAACAACAUGUUGCCAAACCAAUGGGUGUUAUGUCACCAACCAAUAUACAACAGACACAAUCACAUGUAUCUCCUACAUCACCGCCAAUCGGUAAUACAGUAGUACCUCAACAAACAAUGAUAAGACAACAAACCAUGGUAUCGAAUACACAACAGCAACAAUAUUAUCCAACAACACCAACUACACCUUUAACAUCACCUCCACAACAACAACAGCAACAACAACAGAUUCAUCAUCAAACAUCAAAUUUACAGCAGCAACAACAGCAACAGCAGCAUCAUCAUCAACAACCAAUACAUCAUCAACCACAACAACAAACUUUACAACAGACAUCAGGAAUUAUACAAUCGAAUCCAGUGUUGACUGCAGCAGCUGCGGCCAACAAAGUACCAUCGCCAACCAUCGCUUCUACACCACCUUCUUCCAUUGAACAAGCAGUGGAAUCGCUCUUUAGAAAGACAUCGACUCUUGGAAUGUUUGCUUCACCACCAGCCACCGGUGGAAAUGCCAACACUCCACCUAUCACUGGAUCAACAAUAAUGGGUGGAAUCAACCAUGCUUUCAACUCGAUCAAUCCCGGUACACCGCCAACUAUGAACACCGCCAGUGGUGGUUCAAGCGGUAACUUGCUGCAAUCGAACAAAUCAAACGAACAAAACACAGGCAACCCAAUGAAUACAGGUGUAAAUAAUCAGAGUACCGUUGGUGGACAAUCAUCGACUUCAAGUACCUCCGCAAGCGGCAGUGGAACUGGUGGUGGUGGUGCUGGUAGUGGAUCGACAACCAAGACAGCCGAAGAGAAGCAACGUGACAAAGAAAGAAAAGAACGUGAAAAGAAAGAGAAAGAAGCAAAAGAGAAGGAAGCAAAAGAGAAAGAAGCAAGAGAGAAAGAAGCUAAAGAGAAAGAAGCUGCUGCCGCUGCUGCCGCUGCCGCUGCAGUCGUCGUCAAAGAACCGGAAACAGAAAUCCUAGGCAAGAGAAAACUAACAGAAUUACUACAACAGAUAUCUACAACUGAAAAGAUGGAUGAAGAAGUAGAAGAUAUAUUGUCGGUAUUAGCAGAUGACUUUGUCGAAUCUGUUGUAUCGUUCGCAUGUACACUAGCUAAACAUAGAAAUUCGAAUUCAUUGGAGGUAAAAGAUCUGCAGUGUCAUCUCGAGAGAAAUUGGAAUAUUAGAGUGCCUGGUUUCGGCAAUGUAGAACAGAUUAAAUCACAUAAAAAGCAGAAUCUACCAGAGAAUCAUAGACUGAGGCUACAACUCAUGAGAAAGUCAAUAAUGUCACAAUCUAGAAAAUUAGCAAGUAGUACCGGUGGUGGUAGUAGUUCAACUUCUUCUUUAUCUUCGACAUCUACAGCAACAAACACAUCAAGUACAACUGCACCAACAUCCACAACAACAACAUCUACAACAGCAUCUACAACAUCAGCAGCUCCACCAUCUACCUCUUAA